AUGCAUUACCUCCAAACAGCACUCGCCAUCAUCGCCGCGGCGGGCCCAUCUCUCGCAGAUAGCGACUUCUCCGUCAUCACAGGCACAGGCGCACCUCACGGCAUCAGCACCUCAGACUGGAACUCAGCAAUGGUCCAUCCCAACUUGACUACCUCAUACCGCUUCGACGGCCCAGAUGUAUCAGCUGCCUUCCCGCCAAACAACGAUUCCGCAUGGACGGCGGCCCCCUUUGACCUCAGCAUCAAUGUCGCCGCGCGAGUCCACACCACUCGCGACGACAAGCGUCAAUUACAACAGUUAUCAUACCGGCUUCGGGGCAGAAAUGAUGAUGACAGCGACAAUGAUGAUGACGAUAAUGACAACAACAGGAACAAGAACAGAAACCGCAACUAUUUCACGGGUUCCUCGAUCAACCUCAACCAAGUCGACGGACAACAAACCGUCGGCGCGGGUUGGAAGCUUUGCGUUAACAUUUUCAUACCGAGACUAGACCGGGUGGCGAGAAGCGGUUCUCAAGAUGACAGCGGCGAUUGCGGCGCUUCCCUCUCUGCCGAAUGUCGCCAAAAGCUCUUGGAGACAUCAUCUGGCCAGUUUGGGACAUGCGGGGUUGCAGACUUGCCCAGCGCAUGCAAGGAUUUCCUCGAGGAUGCCAACGGUGAACGCUUUGGUUUCUCUCCCAACAUUGCCUCUGGAUCCCAAAUCUUUGCCUACGGAUCCCAAGCCUACAACUGGGGCAACAACGACAACAACAACGACGACCGCCGACGCGGAGGCGAAUAUGCCAUUGCGAGCCGGAUGAUUUGGCCCGUGAUGCUGACCUGGGGCGGCUCUGGUGAUGCUGCGGAGAGCCGGGCUACUCUGCACUGCGUCCGCGCGAAAGAUGUCGUUUCGGGGAGCGAUGUGCCUCAGAGUCUAAGCGAAGAUGAUGAUGACGAUAAUGACAACGACGACGACGACGAUAAUGAUCGUAACCGUAAUGCGGCUGGGAUCAAGGGGCCCUUUGCUGGGUGGUCGGUGUUCUUGACUGUGCAGGUUGCUCUUGCGAUGAUACUCUACUGCUAG